AUGGAGUUCUGGCUAAAGCUACUUCUAACAUUAUCCUCUUGUCCGCUACCAGUUAAUGGAUUUUCUUUAACAAAUUUCCACCUGGAGGAGCCUUUGGAUAACAACUACUAUCAGAAAAUUAUGGAGGAAAUUGUUCAGGAACAAACCGUUGAAUCUCUGCUAAUUGUUCACCAAAAUUCUACCCUGAAUGGAAGAUUGAGGAUAUUCCAUGAAUCUGCAAUACCCAAAAUUAUCAUUUCCAGACCCGAGGAUUUUCUCUUUGUGGAAAAUUUCAAUAUGGAGUUGUUAACAAUUUUCCUGAUGAGGGAAAAAUUCAAUUCCGACUUGAUGGCAAUUGGGGCAAAAAUUUUGGACUAUCGUCAUCAGACAAGGAUUUUUAUUGUGGCGGAAAAUAUUUCAGGUGGUGUUGGAGCAGGAGCAGAGGAGGAAUUCAAAAAUCAGCUGCUAAUGGAGUUGGAAAAUUACAAAAUGACAAAUGUUUUACUGAAUUUUUUGGAGGAUAAACCGGGGCCUAAUAACACCACCCUCUAUGCCCUCCGACCCUAUCCUCGAUAUCACUGGAUCAUUAAACCCCAGAGUGAAAAAUAUUACCCUCCAUAUUGGCGAAAUAUGGCAAACACUACCCUUACCACCCUCAUUGGCCAGGACCCCGUGACCGGGCUGGCGUAUUACGACUCGAAUGGAAAUCUACAAAUGAAUGGCCAGGUGGCCAGAUUAAUUAUGCUAUAUGCCGAACGUUAUAAUGCCAGCCUGAAAAUGCACAGAUCUUUCAAAUUUGGGAAAAUCACACCCUAUAUACAACUGAAUGAGAUGAGUCUACGUGGUGAAUUGGAUGUGCCCAUGUCCCUGAGUCUACACACCAACCUCAGCCAGACACCACUUUUGAGGACAGGAUAUUAUGAAAUGAUUAAAAGUUAUUUGAUGGUACCCUGCCCUACCCAGCUAAAUAAUCGGGAACUGAUUGCCUUACUUUUGAAUGGCUACUUCUUGGGAUGUGUCCUGGUAUUCUCCCUCAUAUUCUCCAUUUUCCACAGCCUUAUCGAUUAUUAUUUGGAUAAUUUAUGGGAUGCGUUAAAUUUUCUACUGAAUGAUCACAUUCUACCCGGAAUAUUGGGUCAAUCGUUUUUGACCCGCAGCUCACCCUGGCGUAGCUUGAAAAUUGUUUACCUCUUGGUAUCAUUUAUUGGCCUAAAUAUUGCGGUGCAAUUCUCGGCCCAAUUCAGUACCCUAUUUACCGAUCCAUCCUAUCACAAAGCCAUAGAGACCAUAAAGGAUUUGCAAAAAUCCCCACUGAAAAUUUUCACCGAUCAUGCCAAUGGAAAGGGUUUGAUACCCAUAUUCGGUAAAGAUAAG